UAUUUCCUCAAACUCCAAGGCCACAGAAGAAUGUUGAGGAUAACAAACUUUAUUGAUGAAACGGAAGUAAAUAAUAAGGAAAUGUUUUUAAGAUAUCCUUUUUCACAUUUACAAUAGCCAAGCUGGAAUAAAUAAAAACAAACCUUCAAUACAUGAAACAUGCAAAGGGUGACUUUUUUUGUCUCGAUUUUCCUGAUCGUUCUCUUAACCAACGGAACACAUAGUAAAAACCCUGGCUUGAAAUCUAGGAUAACUUCAAAUGGCCUGAAUUAUGCUGUCAACGUAGCGUUAGAUGUCCUGUCCAAAGACAUCACGAAUAAAGCAAUUCCUGAUCAACAUGAUAAAUCCGGAAGUGUGUCAUAUGAUAUCACGGGAAUGAAAAUAACGAAAUUUACAAAACCAACCAGUACCGUAUCUUUGCAACCUGGGGGCCUUAUGUGGAGAACUUCAAACAUCGACAUUGGUCUCCAUGGCGAUUUCCAUUACAAGUACAAGAAAGGAAUUAUUCGCAUUUCUGAUCAUGGAAGUUUUGAUUUGACUGGUAGUGGAAUAACUAUUGCUAUAAAUCUAAUAAUAGGCAUGGAUUCGAUGGGAAGACCGACCAUUUCUUCGAGUACAUGUUCUUGCUCUGUGCGAGCGACUGGUAUAAAAUUUCACGGCGGUAGAGCAUGGAUUUAUAAUUUGUUUCGUGGAAAGGUUGCAAAAAAAUUAAAAAGUUCGAUUGAAGGUGAAAACGGAUUGCUCUGUAAACAGCUAACAAAGCUGGUAAAUGUUGAUGGUGCAAGGAAGCUGGCGCAACUUCCAGUCUCUGUUAAGUUUGCCAGGAAGUUUCUGCUGGAUUACAGUUUUUUGUCCAAACCAGCCUUUUCAAGUGGUUUUAUGGAAACUUAUCAUAAGGGUGAGGUGAAUUGGUAUGGCAGCCAUGGGAAUAUUCCUUUUGAUUCUCCGCCACUUCCAGCAGGCUCCAGUUCCUCCAAAAUGCUGUACCUCUGGUUGUCCGACUUCCUCUUUAAUACAAUGUCUUACACUGCUUUCUCUCACGGCUUUUUGACCUACAACGUUACUGAUAAAAACAUACCUGGAGGAAUUCUAAAUACAACUUGCAAAAACAUGUGCAUCGGUAAAUUAAUUCCAAAGAUUGGUCAGAUGUUUCCUAACUCCCAAGUAAUGCUGAACUUGAGAAGUUCCAACAUGCCCAAUAUGACUGCCUUUAACGCAACAACAAAAGUGGAUGCAGACGGAGAAAUCAAGUUUUACGCCACGAAAGGAAAUGGGAAAGUCGACUACUUUCUAACACUAAGCGCAAAUAUGUCGACGACUAUAUCGAUAACGGUAAAAAACGAGAAGGUGUUUGCACGAGUUCUUAAACUUCCAAUCAAUGUCCAUGUGAAAGACUCCAAAAUAGGACAACUGAAUGAUUUUAUGCUGAAUUUCAUCGUUAAAAAGAUAAUCACAACAUUUGUGGAGCCGAAGUUGAACGAGCUCGGAGGAAAUGGUUUUCCUCUGCCAAUUAUAGGUUCAGUUCAUUUUGCAAACACGGAGUUGCUUAUUCAUCAGAAUUCUCUGCUGAUCGCUACUGAUGUGAAGUACUUGCAGUGAUGAAUUCUGUCGUAAAGCAACAAUUCGAAAAAAAAAAUC